CCGCCCCCUUCCACGUCGACCUGCACCUUCGCCAUAUUUUCGACCCUCAGAUCCCGCAGAUUUGUGUCCCCCUCCAAGUAACCAGGAUAACCUUUAGAGGGUACCAGGACGGGUCCAUCUGUGCCGGAAUAAACAGCCCAUCCUUCUCUAGUUUAGCAGCUGGGUUUGCUUGUCUUUCCGCUCUGCAACAAUGAACAUCUUCAGACUGACAGGAGACCUCUCUCAUCUGGCUGCUAUCAUCAUCCUGCUGCUAAAGAUAUGGAAAACAAGGUCUUGUGCCGGUAUCUCUGGGAAGAGCCAAAUUCUCUUUGCCCUCGUGUUUACCACACGUUACCUGGAUCUGCUCACCUCUUUCAUCUCCUUGUACAACACGUCCAUGAAGGUGAUAUACAUCGGCUGUUCGUAUGCCACCGUUUAUCUGAUCUACAUGAAGUUCAGGGCUACCUACGAUGGGAACCAUGACAGUUUUAGGGUGGAGUUCCUGGUUGUUCCUGUUGGGGGUCUCGCUGUUCUCAUCAACCAUGACUUCUCUCCCCUUGAGAUCCUUUGGACAUUCUCCAUCUACCUGGAGUCUGUGGCAAUCCUUCCACAGCUCUUCAUGAUCAGCAAGACCGGAGAGGCAGAGACCAUCACCACCCAUUACUUGUUCUGCCUGGGCCUCUAUAGGGCCCUCUAUCUCUUCAACUGGAUCUGGCGUUACUAUUUUGAGGGCUUCUUCGACAUGAUCGCCAUUGUGGCUGGCGUGGUCCAGACUGUUCUCUACUGUGACUUCUUCUACCUUUAUGUUACCAAAGUGUUGAAAGGUAAGAAGUUGAGCCUGCCAGCAUAAAGGCGGACAGGAGGAGACGGCAGCUCCCAGCAGACUCAGGGGGUGCAGAGAUGGCGUAGUGGAUUCUCAUGAGCGUCAGCAACAGAUGCCUGAAACAGUUGACUAUCGGGGGGAAUAAAAACACUAGUCUUCUUGAUGAUUGCUCGUGGAACUGGUAAUGCCAACAAAAAACCAGGGCUGAACAAAGAUCAUCACCUUUUGGAUUUCUGUGUUCAGCAUCUUGCCUUAAACUUCUUUUCAUUGCUGUUUCAAAUAGGAUGCAUUAUUUCUUUUAUUUUUUUUUCCCUCUCUCUCUCUCUAAAUGUGAGGUGUAUACCCUUGUUUUCUUUUUUUAUGUCACAAAAGGUAGGCUCUAAGUACCUUGUAUGACUUUAACUUGGUAAGAAAAUGCACAAAAUGUACAGUCUUAUUAAAGAGUGAGAUGAAGCAUAAUGUA